CUUUGAUACUGAAGUGUGUCGCACCGGAGGUGGAGCCAACAGCGGUGUCUCCUCCGCUGCCACUUCCCCACAUGAGGCAAGACAGGCAGCGCCAAACACAGAUGUUUUUUUGGUGACCUACGAUAGCGGACGUUGCUGUGUGAGGGGCCCAAGUGGGGAUGUGGGAUGUGAUGUCUAGAUUAACUUAGCAGCUCCUGCUACAAUGUAAGAAUCACAUAGAAGGACAGUAGCUGAUGACUCACCAUGUCCCAAACAUGGUCCAUCUUCUCCGCUGUUACACUGCUGCUGGUGCAGCUCUGCAUAGGUGAGAAAUCCUGUGCCAUCUGGUCCAGUGCGGGGCGCUUGGUGCAGCGAGGCACCAGUUUUAAGAUGUACUGCACAUUUCACUGCAGGUGCAGGGGAUCCAUGUACAGUGACCACCCACCCACACUACAGAGCCACAAAGAGCUGAAUUCCACAACUAUAUAUUUUAACGUGGUGAACAUAACAAAGAACAGAACAUACAGCUGUCAGUGUAACUGCCAUCCUGCACUGGACCCCUGUGGACUGGACAUCUCCACUGGGUAUCUGCCAGAUCCCCCUAAAAACCUCUCAUGCAUCUACAAGGUCUUAAAUAACAACAGUGGAGAUGUGUUGUGCACUUGGAACAGAGGACGGGACACUUUUCUUCAAAACAGUACAGUGUUGUGGGUGAGAACUGUGUCGGGAAAUCACACCAGUGAACCCGCGCAACACACAGUCUCCAGGGAUUUACUCUCCAUGAGUUUCCCUGUGCUCAGAUCUGUACCGCUCAUCCAUGUGUGGGUACAAGCCCGAAAUCAACUGGGCUCUGCCGUGUCCUCCACCAUCAACUACACUCUCAGUGACAUUGCAACUCCACCAACUCCUGCCCUCGGCCAACCCAAGUGCUCCUCGCGGCAGUGCCUCAUCCAAGUGGAGCAGUGUGUGAGGACUCAACACCUGGAGAUCCAGCACAAGGCAGACGCAGAACAGACGUGGACCUCCUAUUCAGUCCAAAGGGUGCAGAUGAGAACCGUUCAGGACUGGUCCAUCUCUUCUCUGGAGCCCUACACGCUGUACCAUUUCAGAGCCCGAUCCAAAUUUGGCACCGGCCUGUGGAGUCAGUGGAGCACAAACCUUUCCAGCUGGACUCAAGAGGAGGCCCCUGCUAAAGAGUUGGAUGUGUGGUACGCCGAGGAUGCAUCAGACUUACAAUUCCUGCGAGUUUACUGGAAGGAGGCGAAUAUUUCCAUCGCAAGAGGGAAAAUCAUUGAGUACACGGUUAGAGUUUUUAGCCCAGACUCUGGACUGGACAAUGUCACUAACGUCGGCAGUGAUGCCAGGAACUGUUCCGUCCGGAUCCGUGCUAACUGUGAGGUGACCGUGUGGGCUCGCAACUCCAAAGGGUUGUCGCCUCCUGCUAGAAUCCCAGCGCGUCACACAACAGCCAAGUCCUCUCAGGAUGUGCGAGUGACGGCGGGCGACCGCAAUGUCACCAUCUCCUGGAGAACGCCAGGAACUGCACCGCCACUCGCUUCGUACGUGGUGGAGUGGUACCCAGAGGGUCAGAAGAUGGAGGAGCUCGGAUGGGUCAGACUGGGCAGGAGGGACGACCAUGCAGUCAUCACAGGUCUGAAGCCAUUUGAGUGCUACGAGGGAGCCGUGUAUGUUUUCUAUGAGGAGAGCUCAGUGAGUAGGACGGUGUUUUCAGGCGUCAGCACUUUGGAGUCAGCCCCGAAAGUUGGUCCGUCGGUUCAAGAGUCGGUCGAGGGACGCACAGUUACAUUGACCUGGACGGAGCUUACCAGGAGCAAGCGGGGGGGUUGUAUCACCAACUACACCAUCUACUUAGAGAACAGCAGUGGACACCAGCGGCGAUACUCCGCAGCGCCAUCGGACACGGUGUACAUCAUCCCAGACCUGUCCCCAGGCGUCUUCAGCCUGUGGAUGACUGCCUCCACUGCUGAAGGAGAGGGCCCUGCGGGUCUAAAACUCAAGUUCCUCAUCCAGCAGGAAAGUCCACAAUCCACCUUUAUAGCCUGUGGUGUCGUCUUCCUGGUGAUGUCGCUUUUAGUGUGUCUGUUCCAGAAUUCUGCAGUAAAGCAGAAGUUCAAGGUGUUUUUCCAUUGCCUCAUGUUCGAUGUUGUGCCAGAUCCUGCAAACAGCAAAUGGGCGAAAGAGUGUACUCAAGAGAAGGGCAAGAUGAACCUCCAGCUGCAGUUGAGCAACUCCGGUGCAAACGAGGAGGAAGAUGAUCCGAUCCUGGUGGAUGUUGAGGAGCUGCCCGGGCGGAACAGUGGCGUCUCCGCAUCGACAAACAUCACCUCGCAACUCCCUCCUCAGAUCAGCCAGAGCCCAGGGACACAGCCGCCGGCCACACAGCUGUACCCUCUGACCACGUACAUCAAGAGCUUCUCCCACGACUCAGACAGCUCCGACCACACACAGACCUCUGUGGAAACAACCACAACUGUCGACUACAUCUCAUCACACGGGCUGGCAGAUAUGGAGGAGGAGGACCAGGAGGAGACGGAAGAAAUGCUGUGUUUCUUUCCCAGUCACAACGUCUUCAUAGGGCCGACGGACUUUGGAGGAAAGUUGACCCUGGAUGCAGUGAAAAUCAACUUCUGCAGUGACUUCUUUCAGAACAGUUAGUGUUCACCUGUAACCAGAGCUUUUUGGUGGGAUGAGGUCUGAGGGAGAACAUGUUUCAGAGGACGAGCUGAUGAACAAAACGAAAGAGAUUGGACAAGUUUUUUUCGGGGGGGGGGGGGGGGGGGGCGGGGGGGCCAGCACAUUGGGAUGUGGAUGAACUACCUCUUUACUUGUUGACAUUAGAACUGGACCAUUUACAACUGUCUUGCGCUAAUCUAAGCAGUAAUAAUUGUUGUACUCUUUUAUUCUAUGCAUUAUCAGUUUUCUUUUCAGGAUGGCUAUGGACACGCUAAUUCCACAACCAAAAUUAAACAUUGUUACAAUAUAAAUAAAAAAAUGUAUCAACAUAUUUGGAGAAUCAGCCAUGUUCUGAACAGAUGAGCAGCAACCACUCAAAAUAUUUGCAAUCACCAUGUUUAGAAAUCAGUUUAGAUCACAUACAAACCUUGGAUUUACUCAUUUAAUUGUGCAGCCGGAUUCAGUGUUGAUUUGUCAGUUUUAAUAUCAUUUAAAUAAAUGUCUUCCCUGGCACUUGGCAGCAA